AUUGUCUUGGACGUUCCAGGCGAAUCUAGCUAUCUCUCUAAAAUUGUCCUUCGGUGCUUUCCAUACCUGUAGGGGAUGGUAGUCGCCAUGUCUACUGAUGGCAGGACUGGCAGUUCUGCAUAAUGCACUUAGAGAGGUUGCGGUUCUGUGACUCAAGCACGUACGGGUUAUGUACUGUUGGAGUGUAUGGGAAUCCUUUUUUGGCAGCAUGCAGAGGGAUGUAGGCAGUUUUCCCUUGGCACCGGCCUUGAGGGUAAAGUUGAUCGCUACCGGCUUCCGUACAGUGGAUACUAUCCUUGAAUUCAAUGCUGGGGAGCUGAGCAGAGAAGCUGGUAUCACUAAUGAAGAGGCUGUGGAAGUUCUACAAAUUGUAAAAGGAGAAGCGCAAAGCAGCUCAUCAUGCCAGAUAAUCCAGAAGCGCACAGCACUUGAUCUGCUUGUGCAGGAACAAUCUCAGGGAUUUAUUAUAACAUUCUGUUCAGCCCUGGAUGAAAUCUUAGGUGGAGGAGUCCCAGUAGCCAAAGUUACAGAGAUCUGUGGAGCACCUGGUGUAGGGAAGACACAGCUGUGUAUGCAACUUGCAGUGGAUGUUCAGAUCCCAGAAUGUUUCGGAGGUGUCGCUGGCGAAACAGUUUUUAUUGAUACAGAAUGCAGCUUCCAGUUAGAGCGGCUAAUGGAUAUUGCUAAUGCUUGUCUUCUACAUUGCAAUCUUAUUGCACAGGGUCAGCAAGAUGAAGAUCAUGUUAAGGCGAUGCAGACCUUCACUCUCAAUGAAAUUCUAUCACGGAUUUAUUACUUCAGUUGCCAUGAUUAUGUUGAACUGCUAGCACAAAUUAACUUACUCCCAGACUUUCUUGCCAAUCAUCCAAAGAAGGGUUCGCCGACACCACUCCACGGUCCUCCCCCCUCCCUUCAGUAAGAUUUCGUUAUCGCUACUGUGGGCUUACAGCUGCUUCAAUCGCUUUGUGUGCCGACUCCUGCAUUUCGUCUCCUUUCACAAAUGCUGGGUGUCAUUGAUCCCGUGGCCUUCAGAAGACCACCCAGCUUUACAAACACUAUAUUUACUGCCCAUCUUUAAUAUUUAAGCCACGGCCUUCCUUCUCACUUUGCAAAAAAAAGAAGCGUUUCCAUCAAAGCUUUUCUUCUCUGACUAAUCACGUGACAUGGCUUUUGCCUGCUUGGCUCAUUUGUUCAGACACAGACCAGAUGGUAGUUUUCUGCGCAGUCACAGAUCUGCUCCCCAACGCACUAACAGGGAAUGUCGCUGACCCAGCGCAUUAACAGAGAAGCGGCUGACAGUAGUCCACUGCCUAAGCGAGUAACAGACCCUUGUUAAUACUGAUGGUUGUUUGGGAGAACGGGUACUGGAUGUUAGGUUAUAAAGCUAAAGCGAUGGCUAUUUGCACAGACUCUGAGAAUUGCCUUGCGCUAUUGGAGAGCGGUUUCUUCUGCUAGCCAAUCAGAGGCUAGUAACGGAAAAACUCCCACAUGACACCUCCCCCUUUAAAACUUUCGCCUAAGCCUGUGUGAGAUUACCAGCUUUUCGAGUGAAUUUAAAAUUGUACAGUUGGCAAAAUGUACACAAUUAUUGCGAAAAAUAGAUUACCAUGCUUAGGGGACUAUAAUCUUUUGUUUUUUGGGUAGCAGUGAAGAAAGGUGAACCCCUUUAAAUACAAUUUUAAAAAUCCCAUAAGAAUGAAUAGAAUGUGGGUAAGUUUUUAUUUAUUAAGCUCUAAACUCACAUUUUGAUAAAUCUGCCCCAUAAAGUGUAGUUCGAAACUUGCUUUAUAAGAUGUUCUGUGUUUUAAAUUAUGUCAAUCAACUAUAAACCUUAAAAUGAUGAGUCGCUUUAAAAAAAAAAACAUAAUUUUCCAUUGAUAUUGGCUCUUGUAUCCAUCUGUGUUGAAAGGAACAUUAGGCAUGUCUGACACAGUGCCAGGAAGUGGUCAUCUUUUUGUAAUCUAUAAACUUCUUUGCAGGAUCACCUAUUGUUGAAAUAUAAAAUUGUAUGAAAUGCCCGAAGUUGGAGCAGAAGCAGGCAACAAAGAGGGAAUAGAUGUUAUAAUAUACAAACAUUAGAAAUUAAAAAAAAUGUGCAGUGAAGAUAAAAAGACAAGGCUCUAACCUAGAGACAUUACUAAAUACUUGCACAGCAUAGCAGGGAACGCAUGUCACUGGUGUGCUAAAAGCAAGCUCCAAAAUAAAAAGAUACCUUGAAUAAACUCACAACUUAAAUAUUUUGGUAAAACACAACUAGACCUUUAUUAAAUAACCCCCUAGGUAUCCAAAUUCCAUUAAAAAAAAAACCCUCAAACAGAAUACCUCAGGUCCCAAGCAAUCCAGAUAAUACAUUCCAUAUAUGUAUUUUUGGAAAGUACACAUUCAAAUUUAAUUAAAAAUAAAUUCAAAAUGGGUGAAUGUAUUUCAACUCCAAACUAUAUUAAACAUUCAAAUAUGAAUGCAAAGAAUUUUCCAAGCAUAUACCCAGAUGCAUAGGAUUACAAAACUAUGGGGCCGAUUCACUAAGCUCGAGUGAAGGAUUC